AUGCUCAGCAUCAACUCCAUGUGGAGACAAAUGCAGCUGCGCUGGAGCGGCCACCUGGUGCGCAUAUACGACGAGCGAAUACCCAAACGUCUCUUCUACGGAGACGUCGCGACGGGUUCUCGUCGUCAAGGAGGCCCAAUUCGUCGACACAAGGAUACCCUGAAGACCUCCCUCACGCUACUGCGAAUCAACCCCACCAACUGGGAGGAGCUCGCACUCGAUCGACCGACCUGGAGGAGGACAGUAAAAACGGGCGCUGCUAUCCACGAAGCCAACCGUAUCGCCGCCGCCAAAGCGAAACGCGAAACCCGCAAACCCCAACUGCGCCCAGUCAGCAACGCCGCCGCACAACCGCUUCCAACGUGUGCUCGAUGUCAGCGGACAUUCCGGGCUCGAAUCGGACUUGUUGGACAUCGUCGGAUCAUCUGUAACUCUCGAACUGCACCAAACUUCUUCCCCCCGUCCGCCUCAUCCACGUCCUCUCUGCCGCCAACUAACACUGACAAUUUUUCUGCACCACCACUUUCAUUCUCCUCCUCGUCCUCCUGCUCCUCCACCGCCUUUUCCUCCCCCUCCUCCUCCUCCUCCUCCUCCUCCUACUCCUCCGCCACCACUGCCCCAACUGCGGCCGCUCAGGCAGGCGUCUCGCACAUCACCAACCGCGUCACAACAACCGGCACCACCCCCGCCUCUCCCGACUCAAGCAAUGAGAAUCAGGACUACACCUGCCCUCACUGCGAUCGCACCUUCACCUCACACAUCGGCCUGGUCGGUCACUUGCGAAUCCAUCGCACAGAGACUGGCGAACCAGUGCCUGAAGCACCAACCUACACUCACCGCACUCACCUCCACUGCCCACACUGCCCUCGCACCUUCACUCGUCGCAUGGGUCUAUUCGGCCACAUGCGCAUCCACGAGAGCAGAAUUGACCACAAUUCCGAUACAGCCACGACAUCCAACACAUCCACCGUGCACACCCCCACCCUCGCUCCAUCCGUCUGCGCCACCACCACCACCACCGCCUCCUCUUUAGCUGACACUGACACCGCCGACUUCUCAUGCCCACACUGUCCACGCACAUUCACCUCACGCAUCGGCCUGGUCGGUCACUUGCGAAUCCAUCGCACAGAGACUGGCGAACCAGUGCCUGAAACACCCACCUAUACCCCCAAGCUCGUCUCAACUGCCCACACUGUCCCCGCACUUUCAGGCAUCGCAUGGGCCUAUUCAGCCACAUGCGAAUCCACGACGACCUGCGGUAGACAACCGCCAGUCACACCACACAUUCACUCACUCCCCACCUCACACCACCAUCACCCCCUAGACAUCAACACUCACACACCUCAUGCACCCAACUGCCACCUCCCACGCAAGUAG